AUGGAUCCUUUUAGUGAACCUUGUAGCUUCCAAAACCUCCUAAACAGUCAACAACCACAAACCUCUUUCUCCUUUGCCAGUCGUGAACCGAGUAUUGAAGUCUCUGCCCCGGAUGCGUCUGUCUUUGGUACUGGAUGGCCUGAAGAUGCAAACGAAGAUGCAUACCUCGUGGCUGACCGUAAAGAAAGGAGGAAAUGGUCACCAACUGAAGACAAGGUGCUCAUCAGUGCUUGGUUGAAUACCUCAAAAGAUCCUCUCGUGGGAAAUGAGCAGAAAGCAAUUGCGUUUUGGAAACGAAUUGCUACUUAUUUUGGUUCAAGUCCACAGCUUGCUGGUUUGCAAAAGAGAGAGCCAUCUUGCUGUAAAUCGAGGUGGGGGAAGAUUAAUGAGGGCGUGUGCAAGUUUGUUGGCUCCAAUGAUGCGGCAACGAAGCAAAAAUCCAGUGGCCAGAGUGAGGAUGAUGUUUUGAAGAUGGCUCAUGCAAUAUUCUUCAAUGAUUACAAGAGCAAGUUCACACUUGAGCAUGCUUGGUUGGAGCUUAGGUAUGAUCAAAAAUGGUGUGGAGCUCUAACCAGUAAAGAUAAUGUGAACUCUAAGAGAAGAAAGCUUGAUGGCCAUUCAGCACAAUCAUCAACGUCAGUGCCGUGUAGCCUUGGAGGAGAUGAACCAAUGGCUCGGCCUGUUGGUGUCAAAGCUGCAAAGGGCAAAGGUAAACAGGCUGUGAGCAAGGCUAAGACUUCUGAAGAAGAAGGGAAGGCGUGUGUGGACUUUCAAAACAUGUGGGAGAUAAGGCAAAAGGACUUUGCCUUGAAAGAUAAGCAUGACAAGCACAAGUUGUUGGAGGGCCUAAUUGCCAAGACAGAGCCAUUAACUGAACUAGAGAUUGCUUUGAAAGAUAAGCUUAUUACCGAGAUGUUAGCAAGUUAGUUUGAGUUUAUGUAUCUUAACCUUGGUCCUUAUCACGAGUCUGUAUGAAAUGCAAUUUAGUUUGGUUCUCCUUAUCACGGGUCUGUAUGCAUUUGUUUAUGUUCUGGUCAAGUUUGUAUGAAAUGCAAGUUAUGUUUCUCGAGUCUGUAUAAUAUGCAAGUUUUAAUGUAUAAUAUUGGUUUAUGAAAUGCAAGUUAUGUUUAUCUUCAUUGCUCAAGUUUCAAGUUUCAAGUUAGUUUGGUACUCCUUAUCACGAGUCUGUUGUUUUUUCUUGUUACUGAUUGUGUAGUAGCAUGUAACUGAUGCUCAAUACGUUUGUAAAUGAUGGUUAGGAUUGUAACUGAUUGUGAUAAGAGAUGGCUCGUGUUGUAACUGAUUGUGACAAGAGAUGGCUCGUCUUUUGGUUUUGCAGGACAAGAGGACAAGAAAGAAGUCAGUAGCAUGUGAAGCCAAGAAAGGGGUGGCAUGUGACACCCAAGUGCAGCCAAGAAGAAGCCAGUGGCAUGUGACAAACAAGAAGAAGUCAGUAGCAUGUGACACCAAAAGACAAAAAGAAGAAGUCGUAGCAUGUGAUACAAAAGUGCCAUAUGUUUCCUUUUUUCCUAUAUAAUGACCUGAUGUUAUCAAAAACAUAUUGUGCCAUACGUUUUCUCUAAGUAAAGAUUUGAGUUACUUUGCCUCUCUUACCAUUUCUCUCUUACCAUUUCUCUCUUGCCAUUUCUCUCUUUCCAUUUCUCUCUUGCCAUUUCUUUUUAAAAUGGCUCCUUCUUCCUCGGAUAAUUUUGAAGACAUGAUGGAUGAAACAUUUGAUCAACUUUUUGAGCAACAAUUCGAACAAUUUUGCAGUCACCAUGAUGAUCGUCAACAAGCAUCAAGGUCCAAAAAAAAGAGAGCCUACAUUGAAAGACAACGAGAGCAAGGACACAUGCAGUUAUGGAACGAUUAUUUUAGUGAAGAGGCAACCUAUCCUUCUCACAUGUUUCGACGUCGGUUUAGAAUGAACAAGUCUUUGUUCAUGCGUAUUGUUGAUCGACUCUCCGCUGAAAUCUCAUACUUUCAACAAAGAAGAGAUGCUACUGGAAGGUUCGGUCACUCUCCAUUACAAAAGGCAACGGCAGCAAUUCGUAUGAUGGCAUAUGGUUGCGCAGCUGAUGCCGUAGACGAAUACCUCCGACUUGGUGAGAGCACCGCGCUUUUAUGCUUGGAACAUUUUGUUCAAGGAAUCUUAAAUUUAUUUGGAGAUGAGUAUCUGAGAAGACCCACACCAGAAGAUCUUCAACGACUACUCGAUAUUGGAGAGUUACGCGGAUUUCCCGGGAUGAUAGGAAGCAUUGAUUGUAUGCAUUGGGAGUGGAAGAAUUGUCCGACCGCAUGGAAAGGUCAAUAUACACGUGGAUCAGGAAAGCCAACAAUUGUUUUAGAGGUUGUAGCUUCACAAGAUCUCUGGAUAUGGCACGCAUUUUUCGGACCUCCAGUACCACUUAGCUUACUAUCUCACAGAUGGUAUUUAUCCAAAAUGGGCUACUUUUGUCCAGUCUAUUUCACUUCCACAAGAUCCGAAAGCAUCUUUAUUCGCAAAACAACAAGAAGUUGUACGUAAAGAUGUCGAGCGGGCUUUUGGGGUAUUGCAAGCUCGAUUCGCCAUAGUCAAAAAUCCAGCUCUUUUGUGGGAUAAAAUCAAGAUUGGAAAGAUAAUGAGAGCAUGUAUCAUUAUGCAUAAUAUGAUAGUAGAAGACGAACGAGAUGGAUACAGUCAGUUUGAUGUAUCAACUUUCACACAACCAGAAUCAAACCGAAGUUCACAAGUGGAUUUGGACUUCUUAUCGAAUCAGCCUUCAAAUCUCGGGAAUAUGAUGAGUAUUCGGACCCGAAUCCGUGAUCCCCAAAUACAUCACCAAUUGAAAGCUGAUUUGGUUGAGAAUAUUUGGGAAAAAUUUGGAAUAAAUUAAGAUUAGUAUUUGUAAUUUCAAUUUGUUGUAUUGUCUUCUUUUAAAAUAAAUUUAUGUUUUUUCAUAUUAUGAAAUUCAA